ACUCAGGGAGCAGAGCCGUAUGCUCCGUAAUUUAUCUUUCAGCCCAUCCCACACUCAUAUUACUUUGCAGACAUGACAGGAGGUGGUAGCAGUUUUAGAAGAGCUGAGAUUUUUUAUUUUGAAUGUGGAUUUUUUUUGUUCGCAUUUUUCUUCUUGGAGAAUGUUUGUUCAUCUCCCAUUCCUUUGCUUCAGAGGAAGAAUGGAAAUUUCCAGUGCCAAAGGAAAAAGGAUUAGGACUUGGUUUUAAGCGCAGGGGGGAAGGCAAGCUCUGUGGAUUUGAAUUGUGCAUCAUUUAGGACUAAGCUUCAGAAUGUCAUACAGGGACCAUUGCUGCAAACCUUCAUCUGCAACCUACAUCUCCACUGUGGAAGUGCUGCUCUCUUCCUGUAGAACGACCCCACCUCCCGCUUUUGAAUCUGCCGUGCAGGACAAGCCUUUUCAAAAGAUGCCAGUGCCAGCUUGGCAUCCUCCCGCUGGUCAAUCAGUUGCCAAGCUUGCUCCAGGAAAUGCCAUCUCACCACCUAGCAGCGUGUCUUACUGCUCAAGGCUAGAUGUCAUCCUGACACACACAGACCAGAGGAAAGGCUUUGGGAGCACUAGUCCCUGUGUCAGUCCUUCUGAUGAGACAUCCACAUGUUCCGGUGCUUGCAAGGAUCCUUGGGACCAUGGAUAUGAGACGUCUGGCACUCAGUCAACAUCUGCAUCUUACAAGCAAUAUUCAAAAAGAGAAAAAAGGGCUCAUCGUAUUUCCCCUGGAACCAGUGAUCCCUUGAAGCUUGCUCUGUCUUUGCCUUCAGAUGUUCUUUCCUGCAAAGCUCCGUCAAGCUGGACAUCACGCCUAAAUGUUGAUCUGUCUGCUCUUCCAUCUGCUUCUAUGCUCCACACCAAAAAUCUGCAGUCAUCCCUGGAACCUUGUGAUUCACUGCCACGCCAACAACAUUGCUGUAGCCAGUGCAAUGUCCAAAUGUCAGACCUCCACACUUCAAUGAAGCUUUACAUUUCAACGUGCAGCUUGAUGAUAAAGCCUUUUCGAGCAGGUUCCCAUGGAAGCAGUCAUGCUCAUUCAAGUCUGCUCAUGCCACAAUUAGAGAAGGUGCCUGAAACUCCCUCUGGUCUUUCAACACGAUCCCAGAAACCAAAACAAGGUUUCCCUUCAGGUGGGUCUCCAGCUCUGCAAAUCACAAGAUUUCAUGUGACUUCCUCCAAGUAUCGUGGCCUUCCCCAGCAGACUUUAUCCAGAGAUAUAUGGCUGUCCCCAGCUGUGCUGACUGGAAGAGAAAAUUCAGCUAGCAGGAAUGAGAUCGUGAGCAAGGAUUUAAGUCCAGAGCUGAUUGUCUUUCAGAAUUACCCCUCAUCUAGGCCAGAGUUUAGGAAGACUCCAUGUGAUGGUCUAACACCUGCUCACCACAAGGUUUCCAAAAUCACCUUGAUACUUGCCACUCCUUGGACUGCUAUGCCUAUCCAGGUGGUAAGAGAAUUUAGAAGAAGCCCAAAUCCAACAAUCUUUAUCAAAACACAUGAUUCAGAUAGAGCUGGCCCACCCUUUCACCCUGUGGAGAUUCGGGCUGGCCUCUCUUUGUCAGUAAACCCUGUUUGCUGCUCAGGAUUGCUUUCUAGCCCCUGGACAAGAUCUGGUUUGAGGCCUUCCCAGGAAACAUGCACUGUAAAAAGUGUAUGUCCUGACAACCUUGUGACAAAAAUUCCAGCUCCCACCACAGCUUCAACUCACAGAGACACAGCGCACCCAGGGUCUCCAUCUAUUGCUGUCAACAUUGCAUCCUUUGGAACUGGGAGGAGAGUGGUGAAGAUUUGCAUUCCAUUCUAGGAACAUUUGCAAACAGAAGAUCUAAGUUGUGUUUAACCAAGCCAUAUGAAUUUCUUUUUGUAUGCAUCCAUGCCAUGUUCCAGCUCCUUAGAGAUGACUUGCAAGACAAGAAAGCCACGUGUGUUCUGCUGUCACCAAGGCUGCAGCUACAGAUUGAUCCAGCUGAGUGAAGACAAGGACUCUGCUCUCAUCGAGCACUUAACAAGAGUUUCAUUUUAACCAUUUGAGUGCUGUUGUUAACACAGCAUGCAACUGCUUACAGGCUUUGCAUGAUUGGGCCAUAGUGCUCAGCACUAUGAAGACUCAAGAUUUUAGAACCAAGAGCUGGUUUUCUUCUCUGCUAGGUUGGACUUGAUGAUCUCAAAGGUCUUUUCCAACCUAGUCAAUUCUGUAAUUCUGUAGUCACUCUGGGACCUGGGAAAAAAUCCUCAGUGUAGUUUUUCUUAGUUCUUUUCUGCUUCACUGUUUUCAUUUCCUUACUUGUCAAAUUAUGCUGUAUUUCUAAAUGGUUAAUUCCUGGGUUUGUAACUUUAAAGCAAGGCUUGUUUUCAAAAACCAAAGCAUUUAAGUAUGUAGCAAGAAAUCACUUUUUUCCCUUCUUAGAAAAGGAGAGGUACCACCCUUUCCUGAGGGAAAAGAAACAAAGAUAAUUUAAUAUCCACAGCACGUCAAAUUUGGAUAUCCCACCAAAGUUUCCAGCAGUGAAACUAUGGGGAGUUUCAGAGGAAUUUAGCCUGCUUUCAGACAAAUGUUUCCUAAGUAAAUAUUUAAAUGAUGAUGUUGUAUGGGUGUAAGAUUCUGGUAUAACACCUAAUACUUAGAGGGUAGGGAUCGAUACUGCAAAUUUUGAAGAAGGAAGAAAUAGGUGUGAGGAAACAACUAGGGCAGUUAUAAGAAAAACAGCAGUUUUAUCUCUGUGUUUUCCCAUAUAUAUUUCCAAUAUCAGAUAACUAUAUUCUUAUGCCCAGGAGACAACAUGCAGUAGGGGGAGGGAAAGAAAUUUUAAAUACACUCAACAUUAGAAUUUUGCAUAUAAAUGGUGAGGACAGAUGCCAAUGAUGUCACCAUGGUAGAAAAAAUGUAUGUUUUCUUUUUAUAAGCAACUUUAGUAUCUUUUAUUGCUCUUGUAAUAGUAUGAUACCUUCUUACAACUUUUACUGAAAUUAAGCAUAGUAAAACAUUUUUGUGAACCUUAUAUAGUCAUGGUAUCAAGAACAGUUACUUAUUUGCUGAAGCAAAUUUCAGAUUAUUUUCAUUAGUACUUUUAGUAUUUACUUUUAUCAGAAUUAAGUCAAACCACACCUUAUUCUUCUCUGUCUCGGAAGAUAGUUUGGACUUGCUUACAUGCUUUAAGUGAAGGUUUUUAAAACUGAUAACAAUUCAGACUUCUAGUACAUGGUUAGAGCAGAAUGAUUUUCUGUGGUUUUCCAGCAAUCUCAGCAGCAAGCCCAUGACAGGCAGUGAGAGGCAAAAUCUGUGGAGCUUGUUAUACUUGGAAGAGAAAAAGCAGAAGAAGGAAGUGGAUUUGCACAAAUACCUAAAAUAUAUUUUAUUCUAGGGAAAUAAAAGCUGCUCUUCUUGGAAUAAAAAUUUAUUUUGGGGCUGUGUCAUUUUCCAGUGCAUAUAAAUGUGAAAUUGUGGAGUCCAGUUUCAAGUUGGAACGUAGUUAAUGACUGAAAUGUUUCAUUCAGUGUUUCUCCAAAAGCUGGAGCUGGCAGAUGCUGUCACAUACUAUGUAAAUAGCAUCGGUUUAUUUAAAAUUACUUUUUUCUUAAUUGGACUUUGUUUUUAAUUCUGCAUUAACUUGUACAAAAAAUGCAGCAGCUAUGCAAUGAACUCAGAAAUAAGGAAAAGCUCCAGAAACAAGGAAAGCUCCAUGGUUUACAAUGUUAGUAACUUGAAAAUUUAUUCCAGAAAAUCUCAGAAAUCUCAAAAACCAUUUUGUGGUUUUAA